UGCGGGUUGGGUGUAGAGGGCACCACUUUUAUUAGAACGCGCCACAAGUACGUCUCUCAGUAUGAAGCUACUUAUUGUUCUAUCGGUGUACGUUCUCACACUGGCGACGCUAGCGUCUGCUGGAUCAUCCGGUCCCAACAAUGUUUGUGGUGCCGCCUAUUACGCAAAUUGUCCCACAGGCGACUGUGACCCGCUAUGUCAGGGUGUGGUAACAACAUGUGAAACGUGUGGUAAAUGCGUAGAGCGGAGGACUAAUAACGGGGUAGAUCAGGUGCGAAUUGACAUAUGGGACUGUAAGGGUAGAGAUACAAUCAGUUGGAUGGCGCCUGUAUAUACUAACGAAUAUUGCGACCACUAUCAGAAGCAAGAAGGCAUCACCCAAGCUGGGGCGUGGUUUGAUGUGAAAGGACUCAACACCAUUACCAUUGACAAGCACGAUGGUCAAUUCCACGGGUAUAAUAAGGGAUACAAGUGUACUGGAAAUAACUAUAUGGCUUCUGAUGGUAUUUGUCGACAAGUGAUCCCACUAACUGGCGCGUGUGCGUCCACAGGCAACAGUGUGACCACCUGUAGCAGUGUCACGUGUGCGAAUGGGCUGAAAAACAGUGUGAACUCUGAUACAGAGUGCAGUGACUGUGAUGCUGAGUGUUGCGCAACUGCAGCAACGACAACAUGUGCGUCUGUAACCUGUUCGGGUGGUGGUUUGAAGAAUGGCAUGACAGACGCUAGUACAUGUACGGAUUGUGAGGCGGAAUGCUGUUCCGAGGGCUGUGAAGCUUCGGAUGGAGAACUGACUCUUAUUGUUUACCACGAGUGCGUCGCAUAGACAUAUAGACUGUAAUCAGUUGGCUGUAUAACGACGUAUAUGAUACUAGUCCCGUGCUCGUCGUAUAAUUGAAAUCGAUAGGAUCUCAAGUCGGGCGCAUAUUUUUGAGCAAUUUUUAGGUUGUACUCACGAUCGGUAAGACCUGGGAGCGAGACUGAAGAGCUUUGCGACGUUGGAAGUUCAAAUACAGAUACAACAAGCAACUCAUCGUGAGAUCCAGGUUAUACUCAUUCCUAGGGCCAAAGGUCUGUGAUUACCUCGCAUAAGGAUAACAAAGCCAUGUUGGCAUUUUAGUUGAGUGCCGGUCCAUUUGUGUGUACAAUUGGACGAAGAUGGGAUCCAAAAUGUGUAGGGCUGCCUUUGUACAUAACUACUGUAUACAUAAAAGAAAGGUAUAGUCAAGUGGGUCAAUGCUACCAACCGGAAGUAGUCCUUUUUUUUAAUAGGUGUAUUCAAUGAGAAAUUUCAGACUACCUGCUGUAGCCGCAGUCACCAGUGGGGCAAUCUUAUCAAUCUGAAUCAGUCCAUUUCGUACCACGCAGAAGAUUAGUAGCUAGUAGUAUUCUGGCUGCCCUGGUAUCUGCUGUGUACACAAAUGUGAGCCAUAGUACCAAGCAGGAGUUUACGUAUGUAUAUCUGCAAAUGAAAGAGGCCGGUGUUCC